AUGCUGUUCAUUGACAAGAGCUCAGCAUUUGACACCAUAGUACUCUCCAAACUCGUCAUCAAGCUCGAGACCCUGGGUCUCGACCCCGUCCUGUGCAACUGGGUGAUUUGGGCCUACCCUGCUCUGCCACACCCCUACCCUGCUCUGCCACCAACCCUACCCUGCUCUGCCACCACCCCUACCCUGCUCUGCCACACCCCUACCCUGCUCUGCCACCACCCCUACCCUGCUCUGCCACCACCCCUACCCUGCUCUGCCACACCCCUACCCUGCUCUGCCACACCCCUACCCUGCUCUGCCACCCCCUACCCUGCUCUGCCACUCCCCUACCGUGCUCUGCCACCCCCUACCCUGCUCUGCCACACCCCUACCCUGCUCUGCCACUCCCCUACCCUGCUCUGCCACACCCCUACCCUGCUCUGCCACUCCCCUACCCUGCUCUGCCACACCCCUACCCUGCUCUGCCACUCCCCUACCCUGCUCUGCCACACCCCUACCCUGCUCUGCCACACCCCUACCCUGCUCUGCCACCACCCUACCCUGCUCUGCCACCACCCUACCCUGCUCUGCCACCACCCUACCCUGCUCUGCCACCACCCUACCCUGCUCUGCCACCCCUACCCUGCUCUGCCACACCCCUACCCUGCUCUGCCACUCCCCUACCCUGCUCUGCCACACCCCUACCCUGCUCUGCCACACCCCUACCCUGCUCUGCCACCACCCUACCCCGCUCUGCCACAUCCCUACCCUGCUCUGCCACCCCCUACCCUGCUCUGCCACCACCCUACCCUGCUCUGCCACCACCCUACCCUGCUCUGCCACCACCCUACCCUGCUCUGCCACCCCCUACCCUGCUCUGCCACCACCCUACCCUGCUCUGCCACCACCCUACCCUGCUCUGCCACCCCCUACCCUGCUCUGCCACCCCCCUACCCUGCUCUGCCACCACCCUACCCUGCUCUGCCACCACCCUACCCUGCUCUGCCACCCCCCUACCCUGCUCUGCCACCACCCUACCCUGCUCUGCCACCACCCUACCCUGCUCUGCCACCACCCUACCCUGCUCUGCCACCACCCUACCCUGCUCUGCCACCACCCUACCCUGCCCUGCCACACCCCUGCCAUACCUCUUCCCUAACCUGCCCUGCCACACCCCUGCCACACCUUUACCCUACCCUGCUCUGCCACACCCCUGCCACACCUUUACCCUACCCUGCUCUGCCACACCCCUGCCACACCUCUUCCCUACCCUGCUCUGCCACACCCCUGCUAUACCUCUUCCCUAACCUGCUCUGCCACACCCCUGCCAUACCUCCUCCCUACCCUGCCCUGCCACACCCCUACCAUACCUCCUCCACUACACUCCACUACCCAGGUCCUUCACACCCUGUGUGGGGCUGA